GACAAUGUUUAAACAUUUUUUUAAUAAUUAUUUAUUAAUUCUCUGAAAAGCGUUGUUAUCAAAUAAAAUUAAUUUUUAUUAUUUAUUUUAUCAACAGAGAAAUUUUCAAUUUUUACUUUUCUUACAACAGUAAAAAUAACAUUACUUUUGCUGUAUAAAUAAGUUAUAUGUCUUGAAUUUAAAAUAUUUAUUAUUAUUAUUAUUAUACAUUAUUAAAAUAAUGAAAAUCUAAUAAAUUGUUUAUUGCAAUUUUACUGGCUUUAAUAUGAGAUAAAUCCAUUUUCCGGGCCCAGCGCAAUGUAUACAUCAGAGCUUAGAACUAGUGGGGAGAGACAAGAAAUGGUAGAGCCGAAGAUGCACGAAGGAAACACGCUCACCGAUAUACGAGGGUAGCGUCGUAGUGGUGAGCAGUGGUAGUGGUUUUGCAGUAGCCACGAGGCGCCCGAGAAUACGCGGAAAAGUACUUAUGUUUAAAACUAUAUAACACAAUAAGUAUUUGAACGAGACAAAUUUUAAUUGUUGGAAAUGAAAAAGCAACUCAAAAACUAUCGAUUGGUAUAAAAAAAUAAAAAUCGAUUUAUUUAAUCAUAAGGUCCCUUUCACCGCGUCAGGACACAUAUAAAAAAAAAAGACCGGAAACUGUUAGCGCCACAUUUUGUAAUGUGGUGGGAUUUAAAAAUAAAGCUGAAAAUAGUGUUUUUGCGGGAGGGGGGGUAAUAAACACGAAUGGUCGAAAUGUUUCAUCGAAAAUGUGGUGAUCGUGUUAGUUUAAUUAAUAAUAAUUGUACGGCAGUGAGAAAUUUUUCUGAAUACAAUUAUGGUCUUGUACUUAGUGCUGAGCCACUUAAAGAUGAUGAACUUUUUGAAGUUCGUAUCGAUAAAAAGAUGAUGUCAUGGAGUGGAAGUAUCGAAAUUGGAAUUACAGCAUGUGAUCCAGAUUCCGUUGAGUUGCCUGCAUGUGCAACGAAUCUUCGUCAUGGAUCAUGGAUAAUGACAAGCUCUAGUAUUAUGCACGAUGGAGAACCAAUUGUUGAACUCUAUGGUGUUGAUCUCGAUACUUUGGAAGAAGGAAAUACUCUUGGUGUUAUGCGAACAUCCAAAGGUGAAUUAAUUUUUUACGUUAAUGGCACAUCACAAGGUGUUGCGGCUAUUAAUAUUCCUUUAAAAGUAUUUGCCGUUAUUGAUAUGUAUGGUAAUUGUGUACAAGUUACAAUAACACAACCAAAUUUAUGUAUUGCUGAACCAAAAGAAGAAAUUGAAAUUGAUAAUGAUUUGGCUAUGGAGGAGGCUUCAAAUUCAUUAACAACAAAUUUGGUGGCUAAUUUAAAUGUUAAUAUGAAUGUUAAUGUAAAUGUGAAUUUACCAAAAAAUCCAACGGCCGCAUCUGUUAGGGAGGAUCGAUUAAAAUUUCACGAGAGAGUUGGAACUUUAGUGAAAUUGUCGAAUAAUGCAAGAACCGCUGAGCGUAGGAGACCACUUGAUGAAUUUAAUAAUGGAGUUGUUAUGACACAUAGACAUUUACGUGAAAAUGAAUUAUUUGAGAUUCGAAUUGAUAGACUAGUGGAUAAAUGGUCGGGAAGUAUUGAAGUUGGUGUAACAACACACAGUCCAACUGCUUUAGAAUUUCCUGCAACAAUGACGAAUAUGCGUUCGGGAACAACAAUGAUGUCUGGUUGUGGAAUUUUAACUAAUGGCAAAGGGACACAGAGAGAAUAUGGUGAAUUCAAUCUCGAUGAGCUGAGAGAAGGCGAUCGUGUUGGAAUGAUAAGAAAAAGUAAUGGAAAUUUACAUUAUUUUAUAAAUGGUCUUGAUCAAGGUAUCGCAGCGAAAGUUCCAACUGUAGUGUGGGGUGUUAUUGAUCUUUAUGGAAUGACUGUGAAAGUGACAAUUGUUGAUCGCGACGAGAGAGAGGAACAAAAUCUUAUAACGAGACGAAACACACUUCAUUUACAAGCUCUUAAUGAAAUAGGAGAAGAGGAGCCACUGGAGAGAUUGAUGUUUCAUCCAUGCUGUGGAACGCGAGCAGAUGUUAUCAAUAAUGGUCGAACUGCACACAGGCCUAAUGCCAUUGACGAUUUUAAUAAUGGCGUUGUACUGACAUCAAGGCCCUUAAAACCAAACGAGCUCUUUGAAGUUCGUUUGGAUAAAAUAGUCACAAAAUGGGCUGGAUCCAUUGAAAUUGGCGUUACAACACAUUUACCAACGGAAUUGGAAUUUCCUUUUACAAUGACGAAUGUUAGAUCUGGUACUUGGAUGAUGACUGGUAAUGGUGUAAUGCAUAAUGGAAUAACAAUAAUAGAUCACUAUGGUCAAAAUUUGGAUAGAUUACAAGUUGGCGAUCGUGUGGGAGUGAUGAGAAAAGAUAAUUCAACUUUACAUUUUUAUGUAAAUGGAGCUGAUCAGGGAGCAGCUGCAAUGAGUGUACCAGAAAAAAUUUACGGCGUUAUAGAUUUAUAUGGACAGGCAGCUCAAGCUACAAUUGUUGACAAUACAGAUUUUUACAGUCCCACUACAAACAAUUCUAGUUUUAGUAAUACAACACUGUACAGUGAUUUGCGUUUUCAUCAUAUUCAUGGUAAAAAUGCGAGAAUUACAAAUAAUGGUUUAACAGCAUCGAGACCACGGGCUUUGGGGGAAUUUAACGAUGCUAUUGUUAUUGCCAAUAGAGCAUUGCGCGAUGGAGAAAUGUUUGAAGUUUUAAUUGAUAAAAUGGUUGAUCGAUGGUCGGGCGCAAUUGAAGCAGGUGUAACGGCAAUAAGACCCGAUGAAUUGGAAUUUCCAUCGACAAUGACUGAUAUUGAUCAUGAUACAUGGAUGUUGUCUGGUUCGACAGUUAUGCGUGACGGUGUGAAUCUCAGGAAUAAUUAUAGUUGUGAUUUAGAUAAACUUACCGAGGGUAAUCGAAUUGGAAUGAUGCGAUGUUCUGAUACGACACUACAUUAUUAUUUAGACGGUGUUGAUCAGGGUGUUGCUUGUACUGGACUUCCUGCACAUGUUUAUCCUGUUAUCGAUUUAUACGGCCAAUGUGCUCAGGUAACGAUUGUUUUGCCCGAGAGGAGAGAUACAAUGACUCAACAAUAUUUACCAUCGGAAAAUAGUACAAGCCAACAGCCAACUUCUGUAAUUCAACCUCAGGGUCAGACUGAAAUUAUGCACAAAUUUCAUGAGUCCGUUGGUUUAAAUAUUCAAUUAAAUAGUGAAAGGGGCAUUGCGACUCGAUGUCGUGAAUACAGUAAUGCUGUAUUAUUAAGUGAUUCACCACUUGAAAAUAAUGAACUUUUUGAAAUUUCCAUACAAGAAGUUGCACGCGAAUGGAGUGGUUCAUUGAGAAUAGGCGUUUUAAGUCAUGAAAAUGGCAAUUGGUUAACGUCAAUGAAUCUUGUACCAGGAAUGACGUGUAUUCCAUCGGACUCUUGGUUUUUAACUGGCAAUGAAAUACGUCACAAGGGUUAUGUACUUUGCAUGAACUAUUGUCCAAGUUUGGAUUGGAUAAGAGUGGGUGAUAAAAUUGGAUUGAAACGUACUCAGGAGGGGAAUUUAAAAUUUUAUAUUAAUGGAGAAGAUAUGGGAGUUGCGGCAUCAAAUUUACCUGAAAUGGUAUUUGCGGUUGUUGAACUUUUUGGUAGUACUGUUGCCGUUAGUAUCACGAGUAGUAAACAACAGCAUCCUGUAAUUUCACCGAAUGCCAGUUUACGAAUGCAAGAUUCUUUGGAAUUACUUUUAGAUCCCAUGCCACCAACAAUUCGAAAUGAUAUAGGAAUGGAAUCAUCGAUUGAAAAUUCAGAGGCAAAAUUAUUAAAUGAAAUUGUUCUUACGCCAACGCAACCAAUUAACGCUUCGGUGGGUGACGUUGAUUAUUGUUACGAAUUUCAUGAAAAUCAUGGAAGAAAUGUGCAAUUAGAAAAGCGAAUAACAGCUAGAAGAGUAGCUAGUUACAAUCAAGGUGUAGUUAUGUCUAGUCGUCCUUUGAUAAGAGGUAAAAUGUUCCAAGUAAAAAUAGAAAAAAUAAAUGAACGAUGGGUUUCUGGAAUGCUUUGCGGUGUUACUUGUGUAUCACCGGAAAAAGCGACUUUUCCUGUUACUGCACUUGGAUUUAAAAAACAUUCGUGGAUUAUAUGUGGGGAUUGGAUCUCACAUAAUGGAACAAAAGUGAAAACAAAUUAUGGAUCAAAUUUAGAAAAUUUACAAUGUGGAUCAACGGUGGGUUUAUUAAUUGACGAAGAUUCGAGAUUACAUCUUUAUAUAAAUGGCACUGAUCAAGGAAUAGCGGCAACAGAUUUACCAUUGUAUGUUUAUGCAAUAAUCGAUUUAUACGGUCAGUGUGAACAAAUUUCAAUAUUUGGAUUUACAUUCGAAACAUGUACAAAUAAUAGUACAAUAUUAGAACGUGCAACAGUUGAAAUUGAGGAUAUUGAAAAUUCACGUGAAAAAGCCGAUUUAGAAUGUCACGAGAAGGAAAAUAUUGUCCCUGAAAUUGCCACUAAUCUCACAUUAAAUAUACCAAUUCAAAGUACUGCUAAUUUAAAUCUAGUCGACAAUAUGCCCCAUACGUCCAAUAAUAAUUCACAUCAAAAUAAUGUAAUGGCAAGUAGUAUUCAUUCUGAUAGUAAUAAUUCUGAUUCAUAUUCGGAUAUAAAUAAUGAUCAAAUUGAACAACAUUUAAAAAAUAAACAUCGUAAUGAUGAUGAUAAUAAUGUAUUGUGUGGCAAUGAUGAUUCAAAUAAUCAUGAUAUUGAUAAUAGUCAAGUGAAUAAUGAUACAGAUUUAAAUCACAUAACACGGAAUGAAUGUACAAAUGUAGAAAUAAAUAAUGCAACGAAUAUUAAUAUUAAAAAUGGCUCAGCAUUGAAUACAAGUAAUAUGAGCAAUUUAAAUACAGCGAUAAAUUCAACAAAUGCUAAUAAUGCAAUUAAUGAAAGUAUUGCAUCUAAUAGUCAAAAUAAUCAGGAGAAUAAUUCACCGUGCCUCAUGAAUGAAACAGGAACAAAUAAUCAAUUUUCUUGUCUUAAUUCAUCAACAAUGAUGCAAAAUAAUAUGUGUGUUGUUUCAAAUGGACAGGAUUUACAAGAAUUAAGAUUGAAUUUAAAUGGACAUUAUCAAAUUUUCAAUAAUUGCUUUACAAACAGUAUUUCAAAUCAAAAUAUAUUAAUGACACAAAACGUCCUACAUAAUGCACCAUUGGUCGCUUCGCUGCCGUCCACUCCAAUUGGGAGUUUUGUAUCAGCUUCAAAAAAAUGUGAAUAUCUUAAAGCAUGUACUAGAUUGAAAAAAUCACUUGUUUUACCCGAUGAAUUUUUUUCACUCGAUGAAAUACUUUGCUAUUGUCAUUCAUGUUAUAAAAUUGAUGGCGAGAGUGUUAUUUGUAAAAAAGGUGAACCAUUGGCGGAAUUUGCUGUUCCAAUUGGUUGGACGAGAUUUCCAUUAAAACAAAGUAUUAACGCUAAUCAAAUUCCUCAAUGUACGACUGAUAAAUGGCAUGUGGCUUUUUAUGGCACAAGAUUGGACGCAGUCAGGCGAAUUUUAGAUAGAGGUGAAUUAUUAACAAAGGAACAAUUAGACAUGAGUAAUUUAACAACGAGUGUAAAUAGUGAAGAUCAAAAUCCACAAGUGGUUUUUUCACCAAAUAUAAAACACGCAGGCACGGAAGAUUUUACAAAACAGUAUCCAUACAUAGAUACGCAAUCGGACAAGAAGCUCAAUGCAUCGACUGCAUUCCAGUUAUUAGUAAGACCCGGUUCAUAUACGACAAAUUCGAAAAAAGAUGACGUCGAUUCACAGCAAGAAAUUACCGAAUGGUCCACAAAAGAAGCUGGCGCAACAACAAUUGUUGCUCUUCUCAUUCAUCUGGAUGGUUUUUAAAUUUAAGAAGUCCAAUUUUAAAUAAUUAUUCAAUAUCCAAAGAUGAAUGCGUCGAUCUUUCACCAAAAUAAAUCGACGACGCGUUAAUUUUAAUUUUAAAAAAUUAUUCUCUUGGAAUAAUUUGAUUUUAAAAUUUCUUUUUCUAUUAAAUGAAACCCUCCCAAUAUUUUUACGUUUAUUGUAAAUAAGUCUUCUUCGCUGAAAGAACUGUAACUGUAUUAAAUUUAGGCACUUUCUGUGAUAUAUAUUAAUUACAAUUUAUCUAAUAUCGUCACUUAAUGUAAUUGUAAUCACUUAUAAGUAUAUAUGAAUGAUUCAUUUAAAAGAAAAAAUCAGUUACAAAUAAAUCAAACGGAAAAUACUAAAUAAGUAAACAAAAGCCAAUAAUCAUUUACAGAAGCUAAUUUUAUUAUUGAUUUUUGUUUUUUAUUUUAAAAGUCACGUCAUGAUAUGUCAUUCAUAUAUUUUGCAAGAAAUUUAUUUUUUUGUUUAAAAAAAAAAAAAAAUUUUAUUUUCCCCGACUUAAAGAAUCAUUCAUAUAUAAUUGUUCGUCAAAUUUUUUCCUUUUAUAUAAUAUACAUAUAUAUAUAUAGAUAUAUUUAGUCAAUCAUAAAAAAAAAUUUCAUCUUUAGAAUUUUUAGUGCAAUCCCCCUCUUUCUUUUUAUCAAUUUUGUUCUAAUGCAAGAAAAAGAAACAUGAUUUCUUCUAGUCAUUAAAAAUAUCGACGAACAAAAUAUUGUCAACGUGUCCAUGUUACUAACGUACGAGUCAAUUUAAAUAAUGAAACAAUUUAAGAAGCAAUAUAAAGAAAAAAAAAAUGCAAUUUUUGCCGAAUUUUUUUCGGGAUUUUGAAUUAUUGAGACUUAUAAUUGACUCCUUAAGAAUUUUGUUUUCACAAUAAGCCUAUUUGUUAUAUUCUUAUUACAAUCCAAGUUUGUACAAUGAACUCAUGCGCGAUCUACAGAAAAGUCUAUUUUUCAUGAGUAAAUCAAUGAUUGAUAAUUUAAAAAAAAAAAAAGAGUCGAAGAGGUUACGAAAUUAUUUUAAAAACUAUAAUUCUUGUUCCAUCCUAUAUGAUAGAAAGAAAAAUUCAGUGUAAUUGCGUAGAUUUUAAAUAUAAAGAAAAAAGUUCAUUCGCGCUUUAUAGUGUAAUUAAAAAAAAAUAAAAAUUUCUAAACCCUCCGCAUAAGAUUGUCUCAAGUAAAAAAAAUAAACAAUAUUCAAUUAAAAGAUAAUGUUUUGAUUACUAAAUUAUAGUUUUAAAAAUGUGGUCAAAAGAAAAACAAUUUAUUAAAUUAUAUUUUACUUUUUAAAAAGAAUUUUACUUUGAAAAAAUUAAUUCAGAAAUUUUUUUCGCUUGAGACUAUUUUUCUAUGAGGUUUAAAAAUUCCAAGUAGGUGAAAAAAAAAAUUGUAAAAAUCUUUAACAACGUAUUUUUAAUUACUAGCACUUUUUAAUUUGGGAAAUUUUAUUGAUUGCAUUAAAGAUUUAUGGUGCGGUGAAUUUUUUUUAAAAAUAAAUUUAAAAAAUUGAUAAUUUCCUUGAUCAAAAUGUGCUUGUAAGACAUUCCCACCUACACAGUAAUUAUUAGCUAAUUAGAGAGUUCACGUACAUUAACGGAAGAUAGUAUUAGAUUAGAGAUGGCACUCGAAUUCUUUUUAUUAUUUAUGUCUUUUUAAAAAAAUAAAAAAAACCUUGUAACACGUACGCGUUACAAUAAGAAAAUUAUAAUAAUCCACCUACUAGCAGGUUGCAUGGAACGUCCUUACAAUUUUAUUUAUAAAAAAAAAAAAAAUGAAUGAUCGUAUGGAUGAGAAAAUAAUGCGAAUUCUGUAAUAUACGUGAGAGCUAAUGGGAUGCAAAAAAAAAAAUCUUUAAAUUAAAGAAAAUAUAUAUUCAAUGGAAAAAAAAAUAGUUUUUCUUCUCUGCCUGA